CAGAAGAAGAAGAAGAAAGGGAGGAGGAGAAGAAGAAGAAGAAGGGGGAGGAGCCUCCUUGUUGCUGUGGUGUUGUCUGGUCCGUGCAGGGUGUCUUAUUAGCUAGCGGUUAGCUUAACGCACUGGUUUUGUCAUGUCAAGAGCAACCUGUCCCCUCGCUACUCGGGGCCACUGACGGGUUCUCUUCAUUCAACACGCCCGCGUUUGGAUAGUCGGGGGAUAUAAAUCUGAGCCGCGGGGUGCAAGAGGGAGAUGAAAUGACAACGUCAACAUUACAGAAAGCAAUUGAUCUUGUUACCAAAGCCACAGAGGAAGACAAGGCGAAGAAUUAUGAGGAGGCCUUGCGUCUGUACCAGCACGCUGUGGAGUAUUUCCUUCAUGCCAUCAAAUAUGAGGCGCACAGCGACAAGGCAAAGGAGAGCAUACGAACAAAGUGCAUGCAGUACCUGGACCGGGCGGAGAAGCUGAAAGACUAUCUGAAGAAUAAAGACAAACAGGGCAAAAAGCCCGUGAAGGAGGCGCAGAGCAAUGACAAGAGCGACAGCGACAGCGAGGGUGAAAAUCCAGAAAGGAAGAAGCUGCAGGAGCAACUUAUGGGUGCCAUUGUGAUGGAGAAGCCCAAUGUGAGCUGGAACGAUGUGGCCGGACUGGAAGGAGCUAAGGAAGCUCUGAAGGAAGCUGUCAUCCUGCCCAUCAAAUUCCCUCAUCUCUUCACAGGCAAGCGGACUCCGUGGAGAGGCAUCCUGCUCUUCGGCCCGCCGGGGACGGGCAAGUCGUACCUGGCCAAGGCCGUGGCCACCGAGGCCAACAACUCCACCUUCUUCUCCGUCUCCUCCUCGGACCUCAUGUCCAAGUGGCUGGGAGAGAGUGAGAAGCUGGUGAAGAACCUGUUCGACCUGGCUCGCACGCACAAACCCUCCAUCAUCUUCAUCGACGAGGUGGACUCGCUGUGCGGCUCCAGGAACGAGAACGAGAGCGAGGCGGCUCGCCGCAUCAAGACGGAGUUCCUGGUCCAGAUGCAAGGUGUGGGGAACAACAACGACGGCGUCUUGGUGCUGGGAGCCACCAACAUCCCCUGGGUGCUGGACGCCGCCAUCCGCAGAAGAUUUGAGAAGCGCAUCUACAUCCCUCUGCCGGAGGAGCCGGCUCGCUCUCAGAUGUUCCGCCUUCACCUCGGCAACACGCCGCACAGCCUGAGCGAGGCCGACGUGCGCCAGCUCGCCCACAAAACGGACGGCUACUCCGGCGCCGACAUCAGCAUCAUCGUCCGGGACGCCCUCAUGCAGCCGGUCAGGAAGGUCCAGUCUGCCACCCACUUCAAAAAGGUCCGCGGUCCUUCUCGCGCCAACAGCCAGCUGAUGGUGGACGACCUGUUGACUCCGUGUUCCCCCGGCGACCCCGCCGCCAUGGAGCUGACCUGGAUGGAUGUGCCCAGCGAUAAGCUGCUAGAGCCCAUAGUGUGCAUGUCGGACAUGCUGCGCUCUCUGUCCACCACGCGGCCCACCGUCAACACCGAAGAUCUGCUCAAGGUCAAGAAGUUCACCGACGACUUUGGGAUGGAAGGCUGAGCGACGGACCCUCGUCCCCCGUCCCCUCCGUCCCCCCGUCCCCCACUGCUGUACAGUCCUCUCGUCUCUCAUCGGAGCGCUUGGUCCGCUGCCUCUCGUGGAUUUCAGAAUGGAGGGCCGGCGCGUUUGACUUCAGCCGCGCCGGCCCGGACUUCUUGAAUCCCCGGAGGAGGUCGGACCGGAAACGUUUUGGUGUGAUUUGGUGGACGGACGGUAAAAGUCUUUGCCCUCGAUUUCAGACAACGUUGCAAACGCGUCACCCGACCUGCAUCAGAAUCCAGAUGCUUUUAGUUUGAAGGACUUUAUUUUAACGUUUUACUGCACUUUGCUUUUGGCCGCAAUGAAGGAACAACAGAAGGUUCUCCUGCGUGUGUGUGUGUGUGUGUCUUUGUAUUCGGCUGUGCCGUUUUGUUAUUUGUGUUAUUUAAACAAAUUACUCGUGAGGUCUGUGAAGGCAGCACUGCAGGUUUCAUACAAUGAGGUCCGCUUGAUUUCCCCAAAACUUUAUUGAAAAAAAACCCCGUCACAGGUUCAUUUGGUGGCUGUCGUGGAGCAUCGUGAGAUCGUGUGAAAGCUGAACGGCACGUUGAGAAACACUUUGCGGCUUCCCAUCUUCUCACGGGAGCUCCGGUGACGUCAUCCUUCCCACAAUGCACUUGUCUUGACUGUGAGCCACACUGACGUUGGCCCUUGUUGCUUUUAUUUAAAAUGUAUUUCGAUGAG